AAACCUUCCCCCUAACGCGUCGCUACUCAAGGCACUGCGCAUCGCCACACUUUUUUUUUUUUUUUUUUUUUUGUUGCGACUGCUGCUUGUAAUUAUUGCGUAAGGCUCAGGUGAAAACGGACGCACGGGACUCUUUGUGUCUCGAGCUAUUCAACUUUUGGCAUUUUUGUUUGAAUUCAUAAACGUCAAGGAAUCCCAAGCAGGGGUUUGCUCGAUGCUAAGAACGAAGAUCCGCUCUCAGCUGCUGGAGCUGGUGGAUUCGGAUUCAGAAGACGGACUGGGUGGAAUCGCGCGCACAUCAUCCUCAUCAUCAACCUCAACUGCCGCUGCCAACAUUGGAAGACCGCGCAAACUAAACUCCAAGAAAACAACCACAUCCGCCAUCAUGCCGCCAAAGAAGAGAGGAGCUGCCACAAAGGCAACCGCCGCGUCCAAAGUCACCAAGCCAGAACCAAAGAACACCGCCACGACGCGUCGCGCUGCCGGGAGAGUCGCGGCAGCAGUAGAGAAGGAAGUCCUAGGAGAUGCGCCAGCUGAGAACGCGCCGGCCGAGAAGCCAGCAGGAAGAGGAAGAGGGAGACGCGCCGCUGCGGCUACUACACCAGUCGAAGAAGAAGAAGACACAGAAAUGGCCGACACCACCCCGUCAGAAACCACCAAAACCACCCGCGGCCGUCCCAAGAAGACUGUCGCAGGUAGGAAACCCUCCGCCUCCUCCCCAGACGAAACGGUCGAAAUCCCAGAAACUCAACCCUCCGCCCUCGAGCCCGGAACACCCAUUUCCGACAACGACACAGCAGCCCCCACCAUCGCACCUCCCCAACCGCGCUCUUUUUCCGUCAGCCCCCAAAAGAAACGCCCAUCCGUCACCACAACCACCUCCUCUUCCGAAGCAGACCUCCGCCGCCGCCUAGGCGACCUAACCAAAUCCCACUCGGCCCUCGAAUCCAAAUACAACGCCCUCCGCGACACCACCGUCCCCCAAGCCGAAAAAACCUUUGACUUGUACCGGAAAACAUCCGAGUCCAAAUCCAAGCUCGCGGACCAGCUGAUUGCCUCUUUAAAAGCCGAGCUUUCCACCGCCAAACAAUCCAGCGCUGUCAUCCCCUCCCUCCAAUCAGACCUGUCAACCGCCCAGGCUCAAAUCGCGAAAUUUGAGGCUCAGGUUGCGGAGCUGAACAAGACGAUUGCGGAGCAAAAGACGGAGAUCAAGGCGCUGAAUAUGAAGUUGGCUGCUGCGAGGAAUGCGGAAGCGGCGGCAAAUAGCAGGAGUGUGACGGCGCAGGUGCCGGGGAGUGCGAUGAAGAAGACUUUGGGGGUUGGUGGGGUGAGGGGGACGGGGAUGCAGGUGCAGGAGGCUACUUUGGCCGCGCAGAGGAAGGAGGAUCUGUAUGCGGAUUUGACGGGGUUGAUCGUCAGGGGGGUGAAUGUGGGGGGGGAGGGGGUCGAGUUUGAUUGUUUGCAGACUGGGAGGAAUGGGACAUUACAUUUUAAACUCACAAUGUCGUCUGGGGAUGGGGAUGAGUCGCAGUGCGAGUAUAACCCCAUGUUGGAUACCAAUAGGGACAGGGCGCUGAUUGAUGUGCUGCCGGAGUUUUUGGUGGAUGAGAUUGCUUUUCCUAGGGCGCAGGCGGGGAAGUUUUAUCAGAGGAUCAUGAGGGCUUUAAAUGAGUCUUGAUGUGUAUAUACCGUAGACUGUAGGAUAACCUUGGACAGGACAUGGGUGCUUGUGGGAUUAUGAUCAUUUGGUGGGUUUUCUAUCCUGUAACUUGUUGACAUUAUUCACGGCAUGGUGGGAGAACAUGGUUUGCUUUUUUCAGGGUGGUGGGUAGGAUAUUGGCGGUUGGAGUUUGGGCGCGUUUUUCCUCAAUCGAGA